CAAGAUGGCGGACGACAGGAAAUGCAAUGCUCCGUUUGUGUGACUUGUUCGGAUUCCAGAAAGUUUGCUUCGUGGUCAAGUUAAUAAAGACAGAAGAACUUAGUCCUUUCUUAAAGAAAAAAAUGUCAGGCCACCGAUUUGAGAUCCCUAUCAUUGGAGCAUAAUUCCUUUAAAUUUCUUCGUCAUUUCUAUUUCUGAACUCCCACCAUCAGGGACGAACGAAGCCCUGCAAUGGCCAAAGGGAAGAUUUCGGCUUCUUCAGGAGAAUCUGCGAUGUCUGGAAGGAACAUUAAACAAAUCAAUGAAACUGAGAGACUGAAGGUUAUAAUGCAGAAAGUAACAGUUGGACUGACUCCUGAUCUCAUAAAAGAUAUUGACUGUGAGAUGUUUGCUUCUAAAACUGAAGAAUCAUUUGACAGUGACAGAUCUCAGUCACCUGAAGAAAGUAUUAAUGGUCAUGAUGCAAAAAAUGAUGUGACUUCUUUGACAACUGUAGACAAUCAGGAACUCAAUGGAACAGAGGUCGGUGAGAUUUUGCAAUUGCAAUCAAAUGGCUUCACCCCUAUUAGCUUUUAUGGAUCAAGGAGUAAACAUUUCACUCCAAAUAUGAACAUACUUGUUCCAAACACUCGCAAAACAUUGUGGAAAGAAAAUGAAGAGUUACCAAUGGUUAACACAACAGGUGUAAAGAGAAAAUUGAAGAAAGGGAAAAGUUCAAUAGGGGCUAGUAAAAAGCGUAGGACUAGUAGUGGCGCUAGACAGCAUAAGAAUAUGACUAAGAAAGACAAACUGAACUCGGAUGUUAAUGACAAGGAUGUUCUUGUUGACAUUGAUAAUAAGGAUAUUCAAAGCAAGAGCAAAAAAAAGGCCCAUGACUUGGUGAUGAAUACUGUCGAAGAGGUCAAAGAUAGCGGUGAAGGAGGUGUUACAACACCGCAAUCGGAUUAUGAUUCAGAAGAAAGUGGAAUUAUUCAAGUUUGUAAUUAUUCAAAAUCAAAUAUAAGAGUAGCAAAAACUGUUGUGAGUGAGGUUGAAUCCACUUGUUCAGAGGCAAGUCUUUGCAGUGGACCUGGCAGACUAUUAGAUGGCUUUUGUUUACAGAAAAAUGGAAAUGAAUACUACUUCUCCAGUUCAAGCAAUGUAUCACCAGAACAAUUAACAUCAUCUAGUGAGAGGACUGAUGAAGAAGAAGAAGGAAUUGGGAUAACACGUCACACAAUUAACUCUCACCAGCCCUGUGCAGAACAGAAUGGAAGAGUAGAAGAGACAAUACUGGAUUGCAAUGAAAAUGCAAGUGACUCGCAGUCAAGUAUUUCACUUUCAACGCCAUCUCCAGACACUGGUGAAAGUGUUUUUACACAGCAAUUGUCAGGCAAGGAAGAGGAAUUAGGCUCAUCCAAAAGUUCUCCUGAGCAUCAAGCUUCUAUUACGAGAUAUUUUGCAACAUUACCAGGUCCAAAGUGCAAAACAAAGACUAUUGCAAAUGGUGUUCCUUCUUCAUCAAUGCACCCCUCUGUAGGAAAUUCACCUGAGGGCAAAUACAGGAUCACUCCAGGAAAGAAAAAGUCCGGAAAAAAGCAAGAGCAAAUGUAUUUGGACUUGGGCCAAAAAGACUUUGGACAUGUAACAUGCCCGACCUGUGGUAUGGUAUAUACCAGAGCCCAGCCUGAUGAUGAAGCUGCUCACAUUAGACACCACAAGAGCUUUGUCAAUGGAUUGAAAUUUACAGGCUGGAAAAAUGAAUGUGUGGUUAAAGAGUAUCAUGAUGGCAGGGUGAUUAUGGUCAGCCCAGAUGAUCCACGCCUUCACCUCAAAAAGAUUGAAGAAGUUCGCAAAGUUGUUGACAGUGAGUUAGGCUUUGUAGCAGAUGUACCUUACAGAAGAUGUGGAGCUAAGACUUUUCUCUUUAUAACAACAAAAAAAGUUGUUGGGUGUACUGUUGCAACUCAGAUUGAUCAGGGCUAUCCUGUGCUACCAUCACCUGAAGAAUCUUCUACCCCAGAAAAACAGAUCGCAGCCUGGUGUUGCAGCACCACCCCUCAGUCAGCACAGUGCGGUAUCAGCAGGAUAUGGGUUCACAGUCAGUACAGAAGGAAGAAGGUUGCCACAAGAUUACUGGACUGUGUAAGGACAAACUUCAUUUACGGCUGCAUUAUUCCCAGAGAGCUUGUAGCGUUUUCUGAUCCUACACCAGAUGGCAAGCGACUCGCUAACAGUUAUGCGGGGACUUCCCAGUUUCUCGUGUUCCGAUAGUUUAUGGAGGAUGUCUUUGAAUUCAAAAUUUUCGUGAAGUUUGAAGGCUUCAAUUCGCAUUGAGCCAGUUUGCUAGGCUCUUUAAGGGUGGACACCCGGGAUUUCUCGAUAUUAAGAUAUCCAAAUCAAUUCGAAAUUUACUGCGUACUUUCAUCAAGGGGAGAGUGGUAGAGCUUCUGUUUUUAUCAUCUGCACGUUCUCCACCCCUCCUCUGACUUCAGUCCUCUUGCUGACGAAAGGGCGAAAGUUAUUAAGCGAACUGUUGAAAAGAGUGAAAUAGUCAAUUUCUGGUAUAUGGUACAACAAAAACUACAAGCCAAUUUCUGCGCAAGAAAUAUCUAUCAGUUGUUUCCAGAGGUUUGUCUUUUCACUUUGUUAGCUCAAAUUGAAGGCUUAACAGACAUUUACACUUGGUGGCGGGAAUUUCACACGCGCUCGCGUUUACGGCUUCCACGUAACCAAAUAAAUCUGCGGGUUCAGUCAGACACUUCAGACUUACAGGAUUUUUAAAAUUUUCCCGAAAGGGAAGUGCUUUAGCGAGUUUACUUCGUGGGUAAUUAGAUAUAAGGGCAUUGCUUCUUCAGAGUAUUUUUGUAAUUUUCAAGAAAGUAAUAAAAUAUG